GGAGAGGCAAACUUAGAUUGUCGAAGAGACAAUUGGAUCAGGUGAUGUCCACUUAAGCACCAGCGUUAUCACUUCAGGUCCAGGGGUUUCCUUCCCACGGUACCAAGGGCUUGCCAUCCUCCACGCAGGAUACGAGACAAGUUCCCAGGCAUCGCGGAGAUUCGUUGUGACUGUAGCAACAGACUGUUUCUCCUGGCAGACAAAAAGAAAGGAAGACACGGGUACCGGUGACAUGCACCAUGCGCAUUGACUGACUGUCGGGCUUGAUCCAAGCGCCGCACACAAAUCUAGUCCGCAGCAUUCCCUGACAGCUCCCCGAGAGAGAGAGAGGACCGAGGGAGGCAGGGCUGGAAUCUCAGGUAGGCUUUGCGAGCUCGCGCACGGUCACAUCCUCAGCCUAAAAGCACCAGGAGGCUACUGCGUUAUUGGCCAGUGACUCGGCUGCAGCAGUGCAGCAUGACCGACACAGUGAUGAGCGGCGGCUCGGAUCGCUGGGUGUCCAACAACAGGCAGAGGAGCAUGCACGCUGGUGAUAAAGAGCAGGGCAACUGGACCACGCAGCCAGGCCCUGGUUCUGGUCCAGACCUGACAGAUGAAGAAAAAGAGAUUAUAAACAACGUGAUCGCCCGCGCUGAGAAGAUGGAGGCCAUGGAGCAGGAGAGAAUCGGGCGCUUGAUAAACCGCCUGGACGACAUAAAGAAGACCGUGUGCGGGGACGGGGUGUCCCGCUGUUUGCUGUGUGGGGAGCAGCUGGGCUCACCUGGCGUCAGCUCGGUGGUGUGCGAGGACUGCAAAAAGCACAUGUGCACCAAGUGCGGCACGCAGUGCAGCAGCCAGCCGCGUGCCGUGUGGCUAUGCAAGAUCUGCAGAGAACAGCGAGAGGUGUGGAAACGGUCCGGCGCCUGGUUCUUCAAAGGCUUUCCCAAGCACUUCCUGCCUUCGCCCAUGCCGUUAUCCAAACAGAGGGAGGCGGGCGCCCAGGGGGCAGCGGCGGCCCAGGAGGCGCCGCCCUCGGAGCCCAGGGAGGCCGUGAGUCAGGCCCCGGCGCCAGGAGCAAAUCUGAGACAGACUCCUGCAGCUGAGCAGCAAGUUUCAGGACCGGAGCCACGGGGCCGUGCUGGUUACCCACCCGUGGCGCCUAAGCCAUCGGCUGUGCGCAUGGCCACGGGCGGAGCCGGGCCUGAAGAGGCAGGACAGGGCAGCCCGGUGGUGAUGAAGAAGAUGGUGCCUGUCCAGAGCUCCAGACCUCAGCCGGCCCAGCAGGGAGAUGGAGGAGUUUACGCCUCUGGCGCACUUCCUCCCGAGCAGAGGCCGCCCCCUGCGGUAAGGGAGGACAGGAGGCAGCCCGCCGCCUACGGCGCUCCCGCGGCUCGACAGCAACCUCCCCCGGCUGACGAGGAGGAGGAAGCCAAUGACUACGACUCGGAUGAAGCCACCACUCUGGGCUCUCUGGAGUUCAGUCUGCUCUACGAACAGGAAAGCAACAGCCUUCACUGUAGCAUCCUCAAAGCAAAGGGACUGAAGCCCAUGGACUCCAAUGGACUGGCGGAUCCCUAUGUGAAGCUCCACCUGCUGCCGGGGGCUAGUAAGUCCAACAAGCUGCGCACAAAGACGCUGAGAAACACCCGCAACCCCGCGUGGAACGAGACGCUCACCUAUCACGGCCUGACGGAUGAGGACAUGCAGCGUAAGACCCUCAGGCUCUCUGUGUGCGACGAGGACAAGUUCGGGCAUAACGAGUUUAUUGGGGAAACCCGAGUGGCGCUGAAGAAGCUGAAGAUGAACCAGAAGAGGAAUUUUAACGUGUGCCUCGAGAGAGUUGUCCCCACGAAAAGAACGGCAACCGUCGGGGCAGCCAGAGGCAUCGCUCUCUACGAGGAUGAGCAAGGUAAAGACGGCGGCGAGGUAGAGGAGCGCGGUCGGAUCCUGAUCUCCCUCAUGUACAGCACCCAGCAGAACCGCCUCAUCGUUGGCGUGGUGCGCUGCGUCCACCUGGCUGCCAUGGACGCUAACGGCUACUCUGACCCCUAUGUCAAAAUAUGUCUGAAGCCCGACAUGGGGAAGAAGGGCAAGUGCAAGACACAAAUAAAGAAGAGAACAUUAAACCCAGAGUUUAAUGAGGAAUUCGGCUAUGACAUUAAACACAGCGAACUGGCCAAGAAGACUUUAGACAUCUCCGUGUGGGAUUACGAUAUCGGGAAGUCCAACGACUACAUUGGCGGCUGUCAGCUGGGCAUCACCGCCAAAGGCGAGCGGCUGAAGCACUGGUACGAGUGCCUGAAGAACAAGGACAAGAAGAUCGAGCGCUGGCACACCCUGGUGAACGAGAACCACGUCGCCAGCGAUUAACCACGUGCCCGGCGCCGCCGCUGCUUGACCCGACCCGUCCGCACACACUCGGUUUGCCUCCGUCCCCCGACGCACUUCGUCACGCAGGCGCAGCGUUCCACUUGUUUUCUCGAUGUAUACACUUCUUACCUGUCUUCUUAGUAGUAACACUGUCUCUGCCUGUGCUCACACUUAAUCUGCCUCUGGGACACAUCGUGACGUGAUAAGAUUAGAGCUCCGUUAUCAGACAGCUGCAUAAGGAGCAUCCUGCCGGUCUGUGCUGCUAUAUUAUACGCUGAACCUGGGCAGUUUGAUAUGCGCUGGCAUAGAACAGAAAAGCAAUAUGUUAUGGGUAGUUAAACCAUGUUUACACUUCAGUUGGGCUCAUACCUGUCAUGGUACUCUUUUUCUUUAUUACAUCAUGCUGUAGUGUAACUGUAUAAGCAUGCCAGGCCUCAGACAAAUGAAAACGCGCAGCUGCACCUUCACAUAUUUCACCCGUGCCCUCUGUAUCUUGAAAAAAUUGUAUAUUUCCAUGAAGAAAUGUUUACAUACUGAUACAUUGCUCAGGUUAGGAUAGACAUCUGAUAGACGGAUGCUUCAUAAGUCAGUGGACCGUGAGCUAGAUGAAUCUUCUCAUCAUUUGUGAUUUAAAAUUAGAGCACACAAGUUCAAUAUUUUUCUGUAAGGUUGUGACUUUGGAGUUCGUGGGAAGUAUUACCAGUGCCCUUAGAGUCUCUGAGAAGUGAUUGUUUACUUUUCAGUUAAUUUGUUAGUUGUGAGAAUUGGCAGGAACAAAAAAAAAGAAAAGGAUUUUCCUGCUACCUCUAAUCUCCUGAAGCUCGCAGUUCCCUCUGACGCCUCAGAGGUCUCCCGAUCUUCUGCCGUGUUUACAUUGAAUGCACACAGCCAGGUUUCCUACAGACGUCCCUCACGAAUGCAGCUGGUGUGCUGCUGAAGGAAGGGAAGUAGGAACAAGUUAGGUCAUAAGUAUGUGCAGCUUUACCUGCAUGCACCGUGCUCGUGCCUGGGGCAGUCGGGGGCUGCUUUCACCCAAUGCACCCUUUGCACAACCAAGGGCCCUUUCCCCUCUGCCACACCCCAACCAUUAAAGGCUUUAGAAUGUGGUAUUUUUCACUUAUCACAGCAAACCAAGGAAAGCACACCUGACAAAGUGUACCAACCUCAAUUUAUACAGCUAUUUGCAAGUCAGUCCAGUGUCAAAACACAGAUGAUGAAAAAAAAACGUCCUAUGCAUGAAAUGUCUUGUGGUUCAAGAUAUAUAUAUAUAUAUAUACUUUGUAAGAAACGAAUGCUGUUGUAAUUCUAUUAAUGUUUACACUUUUCCCCAUAGCAUUCACAUUUAGAGGCCAUAAUCUGCAUGACUAUAUCGACUAAGGUGUGAUUUGAUUAGGCUGGUGUGAUAGCAUCCACACGUUUGACCGAUAAUCGAACGGGCACAUUGUAAAAGGCUUAAUCCAACGUUAUUAGUAGCAAACACAAAGAUUAAGCUCCGUCUCUGAAUGGCGAGACUUUCUGUACAUACACAUUCAAAAGCUUUCCAGUAUCUUAUUUUGUCUGUAAAGCCGCCCCCCCACGUGACGGGGUCACCCACCAGUAGCAUCACGCGCAGCCCUAGAUAGUGCUGGUAGAGUCACAGUGAUCAUCGGAGGGCGAUUAACGUUUCUUGGUUUUCUCUGUAUUUGUAAAUAGAUACUGCAUGCACUGGAAAUGUAUGUUUGCAAAUAACUUUGCAUGUAAAGAUUUUGCAGAGAGUUUACACAGAUCAAUAAAAUCCAAGGGAAUGGGAA